ACCAGAAGCAAAACACCACCCAAGUUAUUCAUACAUUGAAUUUUUAAUUUUCAAAUGAUACAAGGCCAAUGCUUUGUCGUUGUUGUUGUUGUUGUUGUCUUGUAGAAUUCAUUAUGUAUCUUACAAUUUGUUGAAUACCUUUAGUGUUACCAUUAAGUUCAGUCUCAUCCCUAGAUCUGGUGAUUCACACUACAGAAGGGAUAUUUAGUAAAUAGUUGAACUUGCUGGAAGAUAGCAUAAAACACAAUAUUCUGUCAACAAUAACUAUUGCAGAUUCUGAUAUAUGGUAAAGACUGCCACACUAUAGUGCUGCAGUGUGCCACAAUAUAGAGUGAUGAGUCAAAGGUUUCAGCACAAGCCACGUGGAAACAGUGCGGCUGUGAAAUGUAUAAAAAGGGAAAGGGUCCACUGAAGCUGUACAUCUGAGAUUUGUUCACAAAUAUCAUGACCAUGGGCAGGAUCAUUUUCUACGAGGACAGGAACUUCCAGGGUCGUUCCUAUGAGACCAGCAAUGACUGCCCUGAGCUGACCUCCUACCUGAGCAGGUGCAACUCCUGCAAGGUGGAGAGCGGCCUCUUCAUGGUCUACGAGAAGCCAAACUUCAUGGGUCAUCAGAUGCUGGUGAGGAGGGGCGAGUAUCCAGACAACCAGCGUCUGAUGGGAAUGAGCAUGAGCGACUGCAUCAGAUCCUCUCGCAUGAUCCCCAUGCACAGAGGACCCUUCCGUAUGAGGAUCUAUGAGAGGGAGAACUUCGGAGGCCAGAUGCACGAGCUGGUGGACGACUGCGACAACAUGAUGGAUCGUUUCCGCAUGCCUGACUGCCAGUCCUGCCACGUGAUGGACGGCCACUGGCUGCUGUUCGAGCAGCCCAACUUCAGAGGCAGGAUGCUGUACCUGAGGCCAGGAGAGUACAGGAACUUCCAAGAGAUGGGAAUGAGCAACAUGUCUAGGUUCAGCUCCAUCAGGCGCAUCAUGGACUCCUGUUAGUUCAAACUCUAAAUGUACUAGAUGGAAAAAUAAAGCAAGCUAAAAUCUAA